CGGCGCCGCGAGCUCGGCCAUUGUGGGAGCCGCUCCCCUCCGCUCCGAGGUGCUGCGGGCCGCCCGCCGCGCUUCCUCCUCCUCCUCCUCCUCCUCCUCCUGCUCCUCCUGCAGCAGCUCCCGCUCGCAGGAUUCCUUCUCUCUGGACUCCCAGGCCCCCCUGCUGUUGACCCUGCUUGGACCAUGUCUUCCUCUGAUGAAGAAACGCUCAGUGAGCGGUCCUGUCGGAGCGAGAGAUCAUGUCGGAGCGAGCGGUCUUACCGGAGCGAGCGGUCAGGGAGUUUGUCUCCAUGUCCCCCAGGGGACACCUUACCAUGGAAUCUGCCACUGCAUGAGCAGAAAAAGCGGAAAAGCCAGGAUUCCGUACUGGACCCUGCAGAGCGUGCUGUGGUCAGAGUUGCUGAUGAGCGGGACCGGGUUCAGAAGAAAACAUUUACCAAAUGGGUCAACAAGCAUUUGAUGAAGGUCCGCAAGCACAUCAAUGAUCUAUAUGAAGACCUGCGGGAUGGCCAUAACCUGAUCUCCUUGCUGGAGGUCCUCUCGGGCAUCAAACUGCCCCGGGAGAAGGGCAGGAUGCGUUUUCACAGGCUGCAGAAUGUGCAGAUUGCCUUGGACUUUCUAAAGCAGCGACAGGUGAAGCUAGUGAAUAUUCGUAAUGAUGACAUCACAGAUGGCAACCCCAAGCUCACCCUGGGCCUGAUCUGGACCAUUAUUUUGCACUUUCAGAUCUCUGACAUCUAUAUUAGUGGGGAGUCAGGGGAUAUGUCAGCCAAGGAGAAACUGCUUUUGUGGACUCAGAAGGUAACAGCUGGUUAUACAGGAAUCAAGUGUACCAACUUUUCUUCCUGCUGGAGUGAUGGGAAGAUGUUCAAUGCACUGAUUCACCGAUACAGACCUGAUCUGGUAGAUAUGGAGAGGGUGCAAAUCCAAAGUAACCGAGAGAAUUUGGAACAGGCUUUCGAAGUGGCAGAAAGACUGGGGGUCACCAGGUUGCUAGAUGCAGAAGACGUGGAUGUCCCAUCUCCAGAUGAAAAGUCUGUAAUCACUUACGUCUCUUCAAUUUAUGAUGCCUUCCCUAAAGUCCCUGAAGGUGGAGAUGGGAUUAGUGCUACGGAAGUGGACUCCAGGUGGCAAGAAUACCAAAGCCGAGUGGACUCCCUCAUUCCCUGGAUCAAACAGCAUAUAAUACUGAUGUCAGAUAAAUCUUUCCCCCAGAACCCUGUUGAACUAAAGGCACUUUAUAACCAGUACAUACACUUCAAAGAAACCGAAAUUCUGACCAAGGAGAGAGAAAAAGAAAGAAUCAAAGAGUUAUAUAAAUUAUUAGAGGUAUGGAUUGAAUUUGGAAGAAUUAAACUGCCUCAAGGUUACCACCCUAAUAAUGUAGAAGAGGAAUGGGGAAAACUCAUCAUUGAGAUGCUGGAGCGAGAGAAAUCCCUCCGGCCAGCUGUGGAGAGGCUGGAAUUGCUGCUACAGAUUGCAAACAAAAUACAGAAUGGUGCUUUGAACUGUGAAGAGAAACUGACACUAGCUAGAAAUACACUGCAGGCUGAUGCUGCACACCUGGAAUCAGGACAGCCAGUACAGUGCGAGUCAGAUGUCAUCAUGUACAUUCAGGAGUGUGAAGGUCUCAUCAGGCAACUUCAGGUGGAUCUACAGAUCCUGAGGGAUGAGAAUUAUUACCAGUUAGAAGAGCUGGCCUUUAGAGUCAUGCGUCUGCAGGAUGAAUUGGUCACCCUGCGUCUAGAGUGUACAAAUCUGUACCGGAAGGGUCAUUUUACUUCACUUGAAUUAGUUCCACCCUCUACUUUAACCACUACUCAUCUGAAAGCAGAACCCUUGACCAAGGCAACACAUUCAUCUUCUACUUCCUGGUUCCGAAAGCCUAUGACUCGGGCAGAACUUGUCUCUAUCUCUUCCUCUGAAGAUGAGGGCAAUCUCCGAUUUGUGUAUGAACUACUGUCUUGGGUAGAAGAGAUGCAGAUGAAACUGGAGCGUGCCGAAUGGGGCAGUGAUCUGCCUACUGUGGAGUUGCAGCUAGAAGCACAGCAGCAUAUCCACACUAGUGUAGAAGAACUGGGCGCAAAUGUCAAAGAAGCCAGGUUGUAUGAGGGAAAGAUGUCUCAGAAUUUCCAUACCAGCUAUGUUGAAACUCUUGGAAAACUGGAGACACAGUAUUGUAAAUUAAAGGAGACGUCUAGCUUCCGGAUGAGGCACCUUCAGAGCCUGCAUAAAUUUGUUUCCAGAGCCACAGCUGAAUUGAUCUGGUUGAAUGAGAAGGAAGAAGAAGAGCUAGCAUAUGACUGGAGUGAUAAUAAUCCCAAUAUUUCAGCCAAGAAAAACUACUUUUCUGAGUUGACAAUGGAGCUGGAAGAGAAGCAGGAUGUAUUUCGGUCUCUACAAGAUACAGCAGAACUGCUCUCACUUGAGAACCACCCAGCCAAGCAGACAGUGGAGGCAUACAGUGCUGCUGUCCAAUCCCAGUUACAGUGGAUGAAACAACUGUGCUUGUGUGUUGAACAACAUGUGAAGGAGAAUACAGCUUAUUUUCAGUUCUUCAGUGAUGCCCGAGACCUGGAGUCAUUCUUGAGGAACCUCCAAGAUUCCAUCAAAAGAAAAUACACCUGUGAUCAUAACACCAGCUUAUCCCGCCUUGAGGACCUGCUGCAGGACUCCAUGGCACAGGAUGAAAAGGAACAGCUUAUACAGUCUAAAAGUUCGGUUGCCAGUCUUGUUGGGAGAUCAAAAACUGUUGUUCAGCUCAAGCCACGCAGUCCAGACCACAUGUUAAAAAGUACCAUUUCUGUGAAGGCCAUCUGUGACUACAGGCAGAUUGAGAUCACUAUUUGCAGAAAUGAUGAGUGUGUGCUAGAAGAUAAUUCUCAGCGGACCAAAUGGAAGGUGAUCAGCCCCACAGGGAAUGAGGCAAUGGUGCCAUCUGUUUGCUUCCUUAUUCCUGCCCCCAAUAAGGAGGCCAUCGAGAUGGCCAGCAGGGUGGAACAGUCUUACCAGAAAGUGAUGGCCCUUUGGCACCAGCUACAUAUUAAUACCAAAAGCCUCAUCUCCUGGAACUAUUUACGGAAGGACCUUGACUUUGUACAGACCUGGAACUUAGAAAAGCUUCGAUCCUCAGCAGUAGGGGAGUGCCACCAGAUUAUGAAGAACCUCCAGGCCCACUAUGAAGACUUUCUGCAGGAUAGUCGUGACUCUACACUCUUCUCAGUGGCUGAUCGCCUGCGCUUGGAAGAGGAAGUGGAAACUUGUAAAGCACACUUCCAGCACCUGAUGAAAUCCAUGGAGAAUGAGGAUAAAGAGGAGACCGUGGCCAAGGUAUACAUCUCAGAGCUGAAGAAUAUCCGACUACGCCUGGAAGAGUGUGAACAGAGACUGGUCAAACGAAUCCAGUCUCCAGCCAGCUCUAGAACUGACAGAGAUGCCCGGCAAGACAUUGCACUAAGGAUUGCAGAGCAGGAGCAUACCCAAGAGGAUUUGCAGCAUCUGAGAUCUGACCUGGAUACUGUUUCCAUGAAAUGCAAUGCUUUUCUCCAGCAAUCUCCAUCUGGUUCAAGUGUCCCAACUCUGCGCUCAGAGCUGACCCUGCUGGUGGAGAAGAUGGACCAAGUCUAUGGUCUUUCUACUGUGUAUUUGAAUAAAUUGAAGACAAUUGAUGUGAUCAUACGUAGCAUACAGGAUGCUGAACUCUUGGUCAAAGGUUAUGAAAUCAAGCUGAGUCAAGAAGAAGCAGUACCAGCAGAUGUCUCAGCUCUGGAGUCUCACCGGACCAUGCUACGGCACUGGCUUAGUGAUGUGAGGGAGAAAAAUUCAGUGUUCUCAGUCCUUGAUGAGGAAAUCACUAAGGCCAAGGUAGUGGCAGAAGAAUUGAGUCGCUUGACACCAGAGCGAAAUUUAGAUUUGGAACGCUAUCAGGAAAAAGGCUCACAGUUACAGGAGCGUUGGCACCGUGUCAUUGUCCAACUUGAGACUCGCCAGUCUGAGCUAGAAAGUAUCCAAGAAGUUCUGCGAGAGUACAGAGCCUGUCAUGGAACUCUAAUCAAGUGGAUUGAGGAAACCACGGCCCAGCAGGAAUUGAUGAAGCCAGGCCAGGCAGAGGAUAGCAAGGUACUAUCAGAGCAGCUCAGCCAGCAGACGGAUCUAUUUGCAGAGAUUGAAAGAAAUCAGGCAAAACUGGACCAAUGCCAAAAAUUUUCACAGCAAUACUCCACUACUGUGAAGGACUAUGAAUUGCAACUGAUGACAUACAAGGCCUUUGUGGAGUCACAGCAGAAAUCCCCUGGCAAGCGGCGUCGAAUGCUUUCCUCUUCUGAUGCUGUCACACAAGAGUUCAUGGAUUUGAGGACUCGCUACACAGCAUUGGUGACCUUAACGACUCAGCAUGUGAAAUAUAUCAGUGAUGCUCUCCGGCGGUUAGAAGAAGAAGAGAAAGUGGUAGAAGAGGAAAAACAGGAACAUGUGGAUAAAGUUAAAGAACUCUUGGGUUGGGUGUCUAGCCUGGCAAGAAAUACACAAGGAAAAAUUACUUCAUCUCACACCAAAGAAUCCACAGACAUUGAAAAGGCUAUUUUGGAACAGCAGGUUCUGGCAGAAGAGCUGACAACCAAGAAAGAACAAGUUUCUGAGGCCAUUAAAACUUCACAGAUCUUCUUGGCCAAGCAUGGUCAUAAGCUCUCAGAAAAAGAGAAGGGACAAAUCUCUGAGCAGCUAAGUGCCCUAAACAAGGCUUACCAUGACCUUUGUGAUGGUUCUGCAAACCAACUCCAGCAGCUCCAAAGCGAGUUGGCGCAGCAGACAGAGCAAAAGGGUUGCAGAGCAAUUGCCGGAGUGAUUGACCUAGGCACAAUGGAGAUAUUUCCUAUCUUCAGAGCUAUGCAAAAAGGCCUCAUUGACCAAGACACAGGCCUUGUGCUCCUGGAAUCCCAGGUUAUCAUGUCUGGCCUCAUUGCCCCCGAGACCAGAGAACAACUCUCUUUGGAUGAGGGCCUCGCCAGAAAUAUUAUUAAUCCCUUGAUGUAUCAGCAGCUCCAGGAGCUACAGAACGCCCUGUCCUUAACAAGCAGGCUUACUGAGACCAAAGGCCCUUUUUCUGUGGUGGAAGCAAUUGAAAAGAAAAUAAUCAGUGAGAAAGUUGGACUGAAAGUCUUAGAAGCUCACCUGGCAACUGGAGGUUUCAGUCUCUCUCCCAGUGAGAACUGUACUAAUCUGGAAGAGGCUUUUCGUCAAGGCCUAUUGUCUGCUCAGCUUCAUUCAGUGUUAGAGUCUCACCUGAGAUCAUCUAAAAAUUUGAUAGACCCUAACACAGCUGAGAAAAUAGGUUUACAGGACCUGAUUCAGAGAUGUAUUGUCCACCAGGAGUCGGGGCUCAAAUUGCUGCCUGUCAAGCAGUUAGCAGGGGGAAUGGUGAGCUUGAAAUCAGGCCGGAAGGUUAGCAUUUUCCGUGCUGUCCAGGAAGGGCUAAUAGAUAGGCAGGUCACUGUCCGGCUACUGGAAGCUCAGCUUUUUGCUGGUGGCAUAGUAGAUCCAAGAACAGGACACAGACUUACAGUAGAAGAGGCAGUAAGGCAUAGUUUGAUUGACCAAGAUAUGGCCUGUGCUAUUCUCAUAAGGCAGCUUCAGACAGGAGGCAUUAUUGACACUGUCACAGGGCAUAGGGUGACAAUUGAUGAAGCAGUGAGCAAUAAUCUAGUAGCUGCUAAGAUUGCCCUUGUGAUUCUGGAAUCCCUCUGGUCAUUCAUGGGAUUCCUAUGGCCUGACUCUGGAGAGAUCCUCCCAAUUACAGAUGCUCUAGAACAAGGUAUUGUGUCUACUGAAUUCGCCCAUAAAAUCCUGAGUAAUCGACAGCAUAUUGAGGCUCUUUUUCUACCAACAACCACUGAGAUUUGCUCCUGGAAGAAGGCAAUAGAGAGUGGUGUCUUGGAUCAUGAUCUUGCCAAUAACUUAAGAUCAAUCUGUAUCCCAGAUGUGAUGCCUCAUAUGCAGUUGGCUGACUCUUCAGAGCAAAACCAACCAUGCUUUACUCCUGGAGCACCACCUGUAUCAUGUAGCAAGGACCAAACUGAGGGCAAAAAGCUAUUGUUUCAAUUGAUGACUCACAGCUACAUUAAUGUGCAGAAUGGGCAGAGGCUGCUGCUUUUGGAUCAAGAGCUGAUAGAGACACUGAGAUCCACAGAUGAAUCUCAAACAGGUCCUCCAGAAGUGUUUGGAAUUCAACAUCAAAGACUAGAUACUCCUGGGGAAUUGCAAGAUUCAGAUGAUGGAAACAUCCCCCAAGUUUUUGGUGAUACGUGCACUGUGAAGAAUCAUGAGGAAGAUGUAUUUGCAAGAGAGCAAAAAGUGAUUACUACAAAUGUUGACACCUUCAAAUUCAUAAAUGGUAACUUAGAGUUGCAGAGGCAGUUGUUAGGAACUAAAAAGGAAGAACAAACAGAAACCCCUGUAGGAGAACAUGUCCGCAUAGGACCUCUCCUGGCAGUGCCUCCUGAGGAAGCUGAGCGUGAGCUCUCAGUGACUAACAAAAGUCUUUUUUCUAUUGAGAAAACAGAAGAAUGGGAAGAUCCUACAGAGACUUCCUUCACUUGUCAGGAAGAACACACAAAGACUUUUAAGACUGAAUACAUUCAAAGUGAAAAUAGAAAGCCUCUCAUAACAUCCCAAAGCAAAAAGUCACAAUCUCAGGUAGAAACAUCUCUAAGUUUAAAAUCCAAAUUUAAGAUAGGAAACAGUGGGAAUUUUAAUUCCAGGAAAAAAGAGACAGAAUUAAAUGAAACAUUUUUUGCUAGGGAUGGCCAGAAACAAAACCAAGGACAAAGUGUUACAGAUGUUCAUGUGGUAAUGUCAGAAAAGAGGGGCACUGAUGCUAGUGAAACUUCCUUGUGUAGGCUUCCAUCUGAAUUGCUUAAAGAAGCUUCCUUAAUUACAUUAUCUGCACAGCUACUAGAUGGUGGUAUCUUUCAUGAAGAAACAGGUAAGAAACUCUUACUAAAUGAUGCAGUAGCCCAAGGCAUUGUGCCCAGCCACACUGCUGUGAAACUUAUGGAACAAAUGAACAUGUUUCGGGGCUUCUUUGACUCUCAGACCCAUGAAUCUUUGACAACUGAAGAAGUCAUUGAUGAAGGUCUAAUGGAUGAGAAAUUGUUACAUAAUGUUCUGAUGGCAAACAAAGUUAUCAGUGGAGUCUUGGAUCCCCGUACCCACUCACUGUGCUCUGUGAAGGAUGCAGUUGCAUCUGGACUUAUUAACAAGGAAACAGCCACCAGAAUUUUAGAGGGGCAGGUGGUGACUGGUGGAAUUAUUGACCUGAAACGAGGCAAAAAAGUUUCAGUAACGUUAGCCUCAAAUCUUGGGUUGGUGGACAGUGCUGACCAGGUAGAGCUUAUAAAUCUGGAAAAGGCAUGCAAAGGCAAAGGUACUGAAACAGCAGUUAGGGAGAGAUUAAUGGGUCUACAAAUGGAAAUAACAGGACUCUUGGACCCCGAUAGUAAAGCUCCUUUAACAGCUUUGCAGGCCAUUGAUAGAGGUCUUUUAGAGAGAGAGGAAGUCAUUCAUUUGUUGACUAAGCAGGUAGCAGAUGGAGGUAUCAUUCACCAUGUAUCUGGGAUGCGUCUUUCUGUUGAUAAUGCUGUAAAACAUGGCUUAAUUUGUGAAGAUAUAGCCAAGCAACUCAAAAAAGUUGAGAAUUUAAACUAUUGCCAGUUUAUUCAUCCUGAAACAAGGGAAACUCUUUCCUUCCCUGAGGCCGUAAAAUUAGAUCUUAUUACCCCAGAGUUGAAAAGAGAAAUCCAAGAAAUUCAGGCCUUUUGUAGAAACUUUGUAGAGCUCAUGUCUGGCCAGAGAUUGAUGUUGAUGGACGCUAACAAAGAAAACAAAGAAGAACCAUUCACUGAUAGGGCAGUACUGCUCUCAGGAAUGGAUUAUGGGGUUGUAGAUCCUGAGAAUCACAGAAUUGUUCCCUAUUCUGAAUUGAUAAAGAAAUGUAAGAUUGAUAUUGAAUCUGGGCAGAGAUACUUAGAAGUAAUUCCAUUCUCAGAUGUUAAAGAUGAGGUGAGCAACAAACCACUAACAUUAUCUGAAGCAAUUCAGCGUGGAAAAGUAGACCUUACAUCUACAAUGAAAGUUUUGGAAGCUCAGGCAAACACCGGUGGAAUUAUAGAUACAGCCACAGGAAAAAGAUUGACAUUGGCAUCAGCUUUGGAACAGAAACUAUUGAAUGAAAACAUGGCCAGAAUUAUUGCAUCUCACCAGAUGUUAAAUGGAGGAAUUAUUGAUAUAUAUGAUGGUCAACGAGUAACUGUACAAGAAGCUGUUGAGAACAAAUUUAUCAGCCCUGAGUUGGCAGCUAUGAUCCAGCCAGAUACAUUAGGACCUGGGGACUAUAGGGCCAGUACUGAAAAGCAAGAUGGAACUGGAGCACAUGAACUAAAGGAAUUAGAGGACAAGAAUCAAGACAAGGGAAAAGCUUCCCUGGGGGCUAAAGAAUCGGCCAGCACCCUAUGUCCUGGUGCUCUUAAAGGUAAAUCCUCAGGCCAAGUUUUGGUGACCCAUCCUCACUCAGAAGCUUCAAAAAAACCCAAACAGGCGUCUAGAAAUCUGAUGGGGGAAAGUAUAGAUGUAGAGCAGGAAAAGGUAGUAACACAAAUAAAAAUGUUUUCUCAUGAAAAGAUGUCAACUUCAGGCCUAGAUGCUGAAAAAGCAAGUGAAAUUCAAGGGAAAAGGAUUUCAAAAAUUCACGAAUCACAUUGUGACGCAUCAGGUAAACCAUCAAGUGAGCCGUCAAUGAGUGUCCAGGGGAAAAGUGAGAGAGAGAGAAGGGAAGUAUUUGUAGAAGAAAGUGUCAAGACAGCUGGCAAACCAGCUAUCGUUUCUGAAGAAAAGUUGAACCAGGGAACUGCAAUUAGUGAUGAACAUAACCCCAGUAUAGACCAGUCUAUGGAAAGGAUUGCAAAUGAAAAGGGGAAAGAAGCUGAUGGAGAAAAGAGCUUUUUUAUUAUUAAUAAGAUUGUGGACUCCUCUUCUCAUAUGAUGCCCGAAGACGUUUCUAUGAGAAAUCAAGAUGCUUUACCAUGCUUCAGCACCACUCAGAUCAGUGAAGGGGAAGUAAAAAAUGUUAACAUCUGCUUGACUUUAAAACCAGGAGAAAAUUUAUCUCAAGAAAUUACUAGUAGAGCCCAGAGGGAACCAUUCUCUUCUCUAAUCCCAAGAUCUAAAAGAUUACACUAUCAGGAAUCUCAUGAAGGAUCACAAGUUACAAAUAUACCCCAAAGUUCCACAACAGAUAAGUCUAACCAAGGACCUACCAGGCAGGAAACCAAAGAUAAGACUUUUCCAUCUAUAGAUUGUAAAGAAAAGUCAUACCCGGAAGUGCCUUUGGACUCUCCAAGAGCUUGUAAAUGGAAUGAAAUCACAGUUACCGGCAUAGAUGCAAAAGAAAUUAGUCAUCUUGAAUCCUUGGACAGAAAAGGUCUUCAUCAGGAUAGCAAAAGUGAUCAUGAACUUUGUGGAAGCUUCAAAACUAAAACAGCAACAACUCAGGAAGCAAAAUUUCUGGGAAUGGCAGACAGUAUAGGUACAUGUCCAGAAGCAAGGUCUCUUGAAGGCAUAGUGACUCAGAGAGGUCCCAGAGCCUUGGGAUCCCUUCUGCUAGAGAGACUGUCCAAAGAUACAUUGCAGAAAGAGAGGCCAGGGCAACAAGAUGCUGUCAUUAGUCCCACUAUUUCAGAAAUCAAUGAAGAAAUGGUCAUGUCCCAGGCAUCAGCAGUGAAAACGAAUGAGAAGACGUCACAGGAAAAGCACAGAGAGAUCCUUAGCAAUGAACCAAUUUACUUCCUUGCUGUACCUGGGGGAAAUCCUGAGCCCUUCCAAGCAACUCAGAAAGUCUUUAACCGGCGACUUUGUUUAGAACACGAUGAAAAGUUAGUGUCCUAUCUGUCUCGGUUACGGGGCAUUGAAAUGAGGUGCAAACAGAUUCAACCUUUGGAGCUUAAUGGGGCAGAACUGCAGGAUAUGCUGUGUCAGGCCAAGGUGUUAGACAGGGAGUUAAAGGAUCUCUCCUCCUUGGUGAGUCAGGAAUUAGAGUGUGUGGAUCAGAUCAUCAUCAGCCAGCCUCAAGAAGUUCCUGCUCAGCUGUUGAAGGCUUUAGAGAAAGAUGCCAAGAAUCUUCAAAAGUCUCUCACCUCUGUGAGUGAUUCCUUGAAUUCCAGAGUACUACAUCUCCAGAAUGUCAUGGAGUUAAAAAAGAACACAGUGUUAAGUCAGUACAUGGAGCUAGAAAGUAGACUUCAAGAUCUCAGAGUCUGGGUUGGCAAAACUAAUCUUACUCUGAACAGCAAAAGCUGUGACAAUGAAAAUGAUGUUGACAGCCUAAAUCACUCUCUUCAACAAAAUGAGGAUAUGAAACAGUCCACAGUGGAAAGGAAAUCUCAGCUGGAUGCUCUUACUUUUGAUAUUCAGGUCUUUAUCUCCGAGCAUACAGAAGACUUGUCCCCUCAGCACAAUCGACAGAUGCUGAGGUUUCUGAGUGACCUGCAGAGGUCCUUCCAGGAUCUUGUGGAACACAUUGCUGCUCAGAUGGAUGCCUUGCAGGGCCAUCUUCAACACAUCCAGCUGGAAGCCCAGGUUAAGACUCUGCAGAAACAACAAAAUACCUGUUAUCAGAAACUGGAAGAUCUUUGCAACUGGGUGGGACAGGCAGAACAAGCACUGGUGAGCCACCAGGGCAGAGCCUCCCAGCAAGAUCUUUCUGCUUUGCAGAAGAACCAAAGUGACUUGAAGGAUUUACAGGAUGACAUUCAGAAUCAUGCCACCUCAUUUUCUACUGCUGUGAAAGACAUCGAGGGAUUUCUAGAAGAGAACCAGACCAAGCUGAGCCCCCAGGAAUUGACAGAUCUUCAAGCAAAACUUCACCAGGCUAAGGAGCAAUAUGAGACUCUUCAGGAACGGACACGGGUGGCCCAGAAGGAGCUAGAGGAAGAGGUGACCUCAGCUUUACAGCAGGAGACUGAAAAGAGUAAAGCAGCAAAGGAGUUGACAGAGAACAGGAGGAAGAUUGAUGCGCUCUUGGACUGGGUGACUUCUGUGGGCUCAUCUGGUGAACAGCCACAGACCAGCCUUCCAGGAAUGGAGCAAUUCUCUAGAGCUAGUGUGGAGAAAGGAGCUUUGGAUGCUACUGAUAGUCAUGUGAAGGUGAACCAGGCCUCAGAGAAACUGGACAGGCAGUGUGAGGUGAUGAAGGCACGUCACCAGGAAUUGCUAUCUCAGCAGCAAAAUUUCAUUGUGGCCACCCAGUCAGCUCAGACCUUCCUGGACCAGCUUGGCCAUAAUCUCAUACCUAAAGAACGACAAGUGCUACAAGACAAGCUAGGAGAGCUUAAGGAGCAAUAUGCAGCUUCCCUAGCCCAGUCAGAGGCAGAGCUGAAGCACGUGCAGACACUCAGGGAUGAGCUACAGAAGUUCCUGCAAGACCACAGGGAGUUUGAAAGCUGGCUCGAACGAUCUGAGAAAGAGCUGGAGAGCAUGCAUAAGGGAAGCAGCAGUCCUGAAGCCCUGUACUCCUUGCUAAAGCGCCAGGGAAGCUUCUCAGAGGAUGUUAUUUCCCACAAAGGAGACUUGAGAUUUGUGACUAUCUCAGGACAAAAAGUCUUGGACACAGAAAACAGCUUUGAGGAAGGCCAAGAACCAUCAACAACCAGAAACCUAGUACAGGAAAAGCUGAAGGAUGCAACAGAAAGGUACACUGCUCUCCACUCAAAGUGUACACGAUUGGGCUCUCACCUGAACAUACUGCUAGGCCAGUACCAGCAGUUCCAGAGUAGUGCUGAUAGCCUGCAGGCCUGGAUGCUGACUUGUGAGGCCAAAGUGGAGAAGCUCCUCUCGGACAUUGUUGCCUCUGACCCUGGAGUUCUGCAACAGCAGCUUGCAAUGACAAAGCAGUUACAGGAAGAAUUGGCUGAGCAUCAAGUACCUGUAGAAAAGCUCCAAAAAGUAGCUCAUGACAUUAUGGAAAUUGAAGGCGAGCCAGCCCUGAACCCUAAGCAUGUUCAAGAAACUACAGAUUCCAUAUUCAACCACUUCCAGAACCUGUCUUGUAGCUUGGCUGAACGCUCUGCUGUGCUGCAGAAGGCUAUUGCCCAGUCUCAGAGUGUCCAGGAAAGCCUGGAGGGCCUGUUGCAGUCUAUCAAGGAAGUUGAACAAAACUUAGAAGGGGAGCAGGUAUCAUCACUCUCAUCAGAAGUCCUCCAAGAAGCCCUGGCCAUUAAUGUGAAGCUAAAGCAGGACAUUGCUCGGCAGAAGAGCAGUUUGGAAGCCACUCAUGAGAUGGUGACCCGUUUCAUGGAGACAGCAGACAGCACCACAGCCUCAGUGUUGCAGGGCAAGCUGGCAGAGGUUAGCCAGCGCUUUGAGCAGCUCCAGCUUCAGCAGCAGCAAAAGGAGAAUGCCCUGAAAAAGCUUCUGCCCCAGGCAGAGAUGUUUGAGCAGCUGUCCAACAAGCUGCAGCAGUUCAUGGAAAGCAAAAGUCGGAUGCUGGCCUCUGGAAAUCAACCAGAUCAGGAUAUUGCUCACUUCUCCCAGCAGAUCCAGGAACUCACUUUAGAAAUGGAAGACCAACAGGAGAACCUAGAAGCUGUUGAGCACCUAGUUACUGCCCUAGGCUCUUGUGGCUUUGCACUGGACCUGUCCCAGCACCAAGAUAGGGUACAGAGCCUCAAGAAGGACUUCACAGAGUUGCAGAAGACAGUUCAAGAAAGAGAGAAAGAUGCAUCAUCUUGCCAGGAGCAAUUAGAUGAAUUCCGGAAGCUGAUCAGGAUCUUCCAGAAAUGGCUGAAAGAAACUGAAGGAAAUAUUCCACCUGCAGAGACUUUCAUAAGUGUUCAUGAAUUGGAAAAGCAGAUUGAACACUUGAAGGGUCUUCUAGAUGACUGGGCAAGCAAGGGAACUCUGGUGGAAGAAAUCAAUUGCAAAGGUACUUCUUUAGAAAAUCUCAUCAUGGAGAUCACAGCACCUGAUUCCCAAUCCAAGACAGGUUCCAUACUACCCUCUCUAGGAAGCUCUGUAGGCAGUGUAAACGGAUACCACACCUGCAAAGAUCUGACGGAGAUCCAGUGUGACAUGUCAGAUGUAAACUUGAAGUAUGAGAAACUGGGGGCAGUGCUUCGGGAACGCCAGGAAGGCCUUCAGACUGUCCUCAGCAGAAUGGAAGAGGUUCAGAAGGAUGCAAACUCAGUACUGCAGUGGCUGGAAUCAAAAGAGGAAGUUCUGAAAACUAUGGAUGCUUCUUUGUCUCCAACCAAGACAGAAACAGUGAAAGCCCAAGCUGAAUCUAACAAGGCCUUCCUGACUGAAUUACAACAGAAUUCCCCCAAAAUCCAAAAAGUGAAGGAAGCUCUGUCUGGAUUACUAAUGAUGUAUCCCAACUCAAAAGAAGCAGAAAAUUGGAAGAAGAUGCAAGAAGAGCUCAAUUCCCGAUGGGAAAGGGCUACUGAGGUGACCGUGGCUCGGCAAAAGCAGCUAGAGGAAUCUGCAAGCCAUCUGGCCUGCUUCCAGACUGCAGAAUCUCAGCUCAGGCCCUGGCUGAUGGAGAAGGAAUUGAUGAUGGGUGUUCUGGGACCCCUGUCUAUUGACCCCAACAUGUUGAAUGCACAGAAGCAGCAGGUCCAGUUUAUGUUGAAGGAAUUUGAAACACGCAAGCAACAGCAUGAGCAGCUGAAUGAAGCAGCUCAGGGCAUCCUAACAGGCCCUGGAGAUGUCUCUCCAUCAGCCAGCCAAGUACAGAAAGAACUCCAGAGCAUCAAUGAAAAGUGGGUUGAGCUCACUGACAAACUUAACUCCCGAGCCAGCCAAAUUGACCAAGCUAUUGUCAAAAGUACCCAGUACCAAGAAUUACUGCAGGACUUAUCAGAAAAGGUAAAGGCAAUUGGGCAGCGACUGAGUGGUCAGUCAGCCAUUAGCACCCAACCUGAGGCUGUAAAGCAGCAACUGGAAGAGACCAGUGAGAUUCGAUCUGAUGUUGAGCAAUUAGACAACGAGAUUAAGGAGGCCCAGACACUGUGCGAUGAACUCUCACUGCUCAUUGGUGAGCAGUACCUGAAGGAUGAGCUGAAGAAGCGUUUGGAGACAGUUGCCCUACCUCUUCAUGGCUUAGAAGACCUUGCAGCUGAUCGCAUGAACAGACUCCAGGCAGCUCUUGCCAGCACCCAGCAGUUCCAGCAAAUGUUUGAUGAGCUAAGGACCUGGUUAGAUGAUAAACAAAGCCAGCAAGCAAAACAUUGCCCAGUUUCUGCAAAGUUGGAGCGACUACACCUGCAGCUUCAAGAAAAUGAAGAAUUUCAGAAGAGCCUUAAUCAGCACAGUGGUUCUUAUGAGGUGAUUGUGGCUGAGGGGGAAUCUCUGCUGCUUUCUGUGCCUCCUGGAGAGGAGAAAAGGACUUUACAAAACCAGUUAGUUGAAUUCAAAAGCCACUGGGAAGAACUUAGUAAAAAAACUGCAGACAGACAAUCCAGACUCAAGGACUGUAUGCAGAAAGCUCAGAAAUAUCAGUGGCAUAUGGAAGACCUUUUGCCCUGGAUAGAUGAUUGUAAGACCAAGAUGUCUGAGUUGCAAGUCACUCUGGAUCCAGUACAGCUGGAGUCCAGUCUCCUGAGGUCAAAAGCUAUGCUGAGUGAGGCAGAGAAGCGCCGCUCCUUGCUGGAAGUACUGAACAGUGCUGCUGACAUUUUGAUCAAUUCUUCAGAAACUGAUGAGGAUGAGAUCCGGGAUGAGAAGGCUGCCAUCAACCAGAGCAUGGAUGCCAUUACAGAGGAGCUACAGGCCAAAACAGGGUCUUUAGAAGAAAUGACUCAGAGGCUCAGGGAGUUCCAGGAAAGUUUUAAGAAUAUUGAAAAGAAGGUUGAAGGAGCCAAACACCAACUUGAAAUCUUUGAUGCUCUGGGCUCACAAGCUUGUAGUAACAAGAAUCUGGAGAAGCUAAGAGCUCAACAGGAAGUGCUGCAGGCCUUGGAGCCUCAGGUAGACUAUCUGAGGAACUUUACUCGGGGGCUGGUAGAAGAUGCCCCAGAUGAAUCUGAUGCUUCCCAACUUAUGCAUCAAGCUGAGCUCACCCAGCAAGAGUUCGUAGAAGUGAAGCAAAGAGUGAACAGUAGUUGCAUGAUGAUGGAAAACAAGCUAGAGGGGAUUGGCCAGUUUCACUGCCGUGUCCGAGAGAUGUUUUCUCAGUUGGCUGACCUUGAUGAUGAACUGGAUGGCAUGGGUGCUAUUGGCAGAGACACCGAUAGCCUCCAGUCACAAAUUGAGGAUGUACGGCUGUUCCUUAGCAAAAUACAAGCCCUGAGGUUUGACAUAGAGGACUCUGAGGCAGAAUGCAGACAAAUGUUAGAGGAAGAGGGGACUCUGGACUUGUUAGGUCUCAAGAGGGAGCUAGAAGCCCUUAACAAACAAUGUGGCAAACUAACAGAGAGAGGUAAAGCCCGCCAGGAACAGCUGGAGCUGACACUGGGCCGCGUUGAGGACUUCUACAGGAGAUUGAAAGUACUCAAUGAGGCCACUGCAGCUGCAGAGGAGGGAGAAGCACUGCAGUGGGUAGUGGGGACUGAAGUGGAUGUCAUCAACCAACAACUAGCAGAUUUUAAAAUGUUUCAGAAAGAACAAGUGGAUCCUCUUCAGAUGAAAUUGCAGCAGGUGAAUGGACUUGGCCAGGGGUUAAUUCAGAGUGCAGGAAAAACCUGUGAUGUGCAGGGUCUGGAGCAUGACAUGGAGGAGAUCAAUGCUCGGUGGAAUACACUAAAUAAAAAGGUUGCCCAAAGAAUCGCACAACUACAGGAGGCUUUGCUGCAUUGUGGGAAGUUUCAAGAUGCCUUGGAGCCAUUGCUCAGCUGGUUGUCAGACACUGAGGAACUCAUAGCCAAUCAGAAACCUCCAUCUGCUGAAUAUAAGGUGGUGAAAGCACAAAUCCAAGAACAGAAGUUGCUCCAAAGGCUCCUAGAUGAUCGCAAGGCUACAGUAGACAUGCUUCAAGCAGAAGGAGGUCGAAUAGCCCAGUCAGCUGAGCUGGCUGAUAGAGAGAAAAUUACUGGGCAGUUGGAGAGUCUUGAAAGGCGAUGGACUGAGCUACUCAGCAAAGCAGCAGCCAGGCAAAAACAGCUGGAAGAUAUCCUGGUUCUGGCCAAACAAUUCCAUGAGACAGCUGAACCUAUUUCUGAUUUCUUGUCUGUUACGGAGAAAAAGCUUGCUAACUCAGAGCCUGUAGGCACUCAGACUGCCAAAAUACAGCAGCAGAUCGUUCGGCACAAGGCUCUGGAGGAAGAAAUAGAAAACCAUGCAACAGAUGUGCACCAGGCGGUCAAAAUUGGGCAGUCCCUCUCCUCCCUGACAUGUCCUGCAGAGCAGGGUGUGCUGUCAGAAAAGCUAGAUUCAUUGCAGGCCCGAUACAGUGAGAUUCAAGAUCGGUGCUGUCGGAAGGCAGCCCUACUCGAACAAGCACUGUUCAAUGCUAGACUGUUUGGGGAGGAUGAGGUGGAGGUGCUCAAUUGGCUGGCUGAGGUUGAGGACAAACUCAGUUCAGUGUUCGUAAAGGAUUACAGACAGGAUGUCCUGCAGAAACAGCAUGCUGACCAUCUGGCUUUGAAUGAAGAGAUCAUUAAUAGAAAGAAGAAUGUAGAUCAAGCUAUUAAAAAUGGUCAGGCUCUUCUAAAACAAACUACAGGUGAAGAAGUGUUACUUAUCCAGGAGAAACUAGAUGGAAUAAAAACACGCUACACAGACAUCACAGUUACUAGUUCCAAGGCUCUCAGAACAUUAGAACAAGCUCGGCAGCUGGCCACUAAGUUCCAGUCUACCUAUGAGGAGCUGACUAGAUGGCUGAGGGAAGUGGAGGAGGAGUUGGCAGCCAGUGGAGGACAGUCUCCCACAGGGGAGCAAAUACCCCAGUUUCAGCAAAGACAGAAGGAAUUGAAGAAGGAGGUCAUGGAGCACAGGUUGGUGUUGGACACAGUGAAUGAAGUGAGCCAUGCCCUCCUAGAGCUGGUGCCCUGGAGAGCCAGAGAAGGGCUAGAUAAACUUGUGUCUGAUGCCAAUGAGCAAUACAAACUGAUCAGUGAUACCAUUGCCCAAAGGGUAGAUGAAAUUGAUGCUGCUAUUCAGAGAUCACAACAGUAUGAGCAAGCUGCUGAUGCAGAGCUAGCUUGGGUUGCUGAAACAAAACGUAAGCUAAUGGCCUUGGGUCCAAUACGCCUAGAACAGGACCAGACCACCGCUCAGCUACAGGUGCAGAAGGCUUUCUCUAUUGACAUCAUUCGACACAAAGACUCCAUGGAUGACCUCUUUAGUCAUCGUGCUGAAAUCUUUGGUACAUGUGGAGAAGAGCAGAAAGCGCUAUUGCAGGAUAAAACAGAAUGCCUAGUACAGCAAUAUGAAGCCAUUAGCCUUCUCAAUUCAGAGCGUUAUGCCCGUCUAGAGCGGGCACAGGUCCUGGUAAACCAGUUUUGGGAAACUUAUGAAGAGCUCAGCCCCUGGCUUGAGGAGACUCGAACAUUAAUAGCACAGUUACCUCCUCCAGCCAUUGACCAUGAGCAGCUCAGACAGCAGCAAGAAGAAAUGAGGCAACUAAGGGAAUCCAUUGCUGAACACAAACCUCAUAUUGAUAAGCUACUAAAGAUAGGCCCACAACUAAAGGAAUUAAACCCCGAGGAAGGGAAAAUGGUGGAAGAAAAGUACCAGAAAGCAGAAAAUACAUAUGCCCAAAUAAAAGAUGAGGUGCGUCAGCGGGCCCUGGCUCUGGAUGAGGCUGUUUCCCAGUCUGCUCAGAUUACAGAGUUCCAUGAUAAAAUUGAGCCCAUGUUGGAGACUCUUGAGAAUCUUUCCUCUCGCCUGCGUAUGCCACCGCUGAUCCCUGCUGAAGUGGACAAGAUUAGAGAAUGCAUCAGUGACAAUAAGAGUGCUACCAUGGAGCUUGAAAAACUGCAACCAUCUUUUGAGGCCCUGAAACGCCGUGGAGAAGAACUUAUUGGGCGAUCUCAGGGAGCAGACAAGGAUAUGGCUGCAAAAGAAAUCCAAGACAAACUGGAUCAAAUGGUAUUCUUCUGGGAGGACAUCAAAGCACGGGCUGAAGAACGAGAAAUCAAAUUCCUCGAUGUCCUUGAAUUAGCAGAAAAGUUUUGGUAUGACAUGGCAGCGCUUCUGACCACCAUCAAAGAUACCCAAGAUAUUGUCCAUGACUUGGAAAGCCCAGGCAUUGACCCAUCCAUUAUCAAGCAACAGGUUGAAGCUGCUGAGACUAUUAAGGAGGAAACAGAUGGUCUGCAUGAGGAGUUGGAGUUCAUUCGAAUUCUUGGAGCAGAUUUGAUUUUUGCCUGUGGAGAAACUGAGAAGCCUGAAGUGAAGAAGAGCAUUGAUGAGAUGAAUAAUGCUUGGGAGAACUUAAACAAAACAUGGAAAGAAAGGCUGGAAAAACUUGAGGAUGCCAUGCAAUCUGCUGUGCAGUAUCAGGACACUCUUCAGGCUAUGUUUGACUGGCUAGAUAACACUGUGAUCAAACUUUGCACCAUGCCUCCAGUUGGUACUGACCUCAACACUGUCAAAGAUCAAUUAAAUGAGAUGAAGGAGUUCAAAGUAGAAGUUUACCAACAGCAAAUUGAGAUGGAGAAACUCAAUCACCAGGGAGAACUGAUGUUAAAGAAAGCUACUGAUGAAACAGACAGAGACAUUAUAAAAGAACCACUGACAGAACUCAAACACCUUUGGGAGAACCUGGGUGAGAAAAUUGCCCACAGACAGCAUAAGCUAGAAGGUGCUCUCUUAGCCCUUGGCCAGUUCCAGCAUGCCUUAGAAGAAUUGAUGAGUUGGCUGACUCACACUGAAGAGUUGCUGGAUGCUCAGAGGCCAAUAAGUGGAGACCCCAAAGUAAUUGAAGUUGAGCUUGCAAAGCACCAUGUUCUAAAAAAUGAUGUUUUGGCUCAUCAAGCCACAGUGGAAACAGUCAACAAAGCUGGCAAUGAACUUCUUGAGUCUAGUGCUGGAGAUGAUGCCAGCAGCUUAAGGAGCCGUUUGGAAGCCAUGAACCAGUGCUGGGAGUCAGUGUUACAGAAAACAGAGGAGAGAGAGCAACAGCUUCAGUCAACUCUGCAGCAGGCCCAAGGUUUCCACAGUGAAAUUGAAGAUUUCCUCUUGGAACUCACUAGAAUGGAGAGCCAGCUUUCUGCAUCUAAGCCUACAGGAGGACUUCCUGAGACCGCUAGGGAACAGCUUGAUACUCAUAUGGAACUUUAUUCCCAGCUGAAAGCCAAGGAAGAGACUUACAAUCAGCUGCUCGACAAGGGCAGGCUCAUGCUCCUAAGCCGUGAUGAUUCUGGGUCUGGCUCAAAAACAGAACAGAGUGUAGCACUCUUGGAACAGAAAUGGCACGUAGUCAGCAAUAAGAUGGAAGAAAGAAAGUCAAAGCUGGAAGAGGCCCUCAGCUUGGCAACAGAAUUCCAGAAUUCCCUGCAAGAAUUUAUUAAUUGGCUAACCUUAGCAGAGCAGAGCUUAAACAUCGCCUCUCCUCCCAGCCUGAUCCUAAACACUGUCCUUUCCCAGAUAGAGGAGCACAAGGUUUUUGCCAAUGAAGUAAAUGCUCAUCGAGACCAGAUCAUUGAGCUGGAUCAAACUGGGAAUCAGUUAAAGUUCCUUAGCCAAAAACAGGAUGUCGUCUUGAUCAAGAAUUUGUUGGUUAGCGUUCAGUCUCGGUGGGAGAAGGUUGUCCAGCGAUCUAUUGAAAGGGGACGAUCACUAGAUGAUGCCAGGAAGCGGGCAAAACAAUUCCAUGAAGCUUGGAAAAAAUUGAUUGACUGGCUAGAGGAUGCAGAGGGUCAUCUCGACUCAGAACUGGAAAUAUCCAACGAUCCAGACAAGAUCAAACUCCAGCUUUCUAAACAUAAGGAAUUUCAGAAAACUCUUGGUGGCAAACAGCCUGUAUAUGAUACCACAAUUAGAACUGGCAGAGCACUGAAGGAAAAGACUUUGCUUGCUGACGAUACACAGAAACUCGACAAUUUAUUGGGAGAAGUCAGAGACAAAUGGGAUACUGUCUGUGGCAAGUCUGUGGAGCGGCAGCACAAGUUGGAGGAAGCCCUUCUGUUUUCUGGCCAGUUCAUGGAUGCUUUGCAGGCCUUGGUUGACUGGCUAUACAAAGUGGAGCCCCAGCUAGCUGAGGACCAGCCAGUACAUGGGGACCUUGACCUUGUCAUGAACCUCAUGGAUGCCCAUAAGGUUUUCCAGAAGGAACUGGGAAAGCGAACUGGCACCGUUCAAGUCCUAAAGCGGUCAGGCAGAGAACUGAUUGAGAAUAGUCGGGACGACACCACGUGGGUCAAAGGGCAGCUCCAGGAACUGAGCACGCGCUGGGACACUGUGUGCAAACUGUCUGUUUCCAAGCAAAGCCGACUUGAGAAGGCCUUAAAACAGGCAGAAGAGUUUCGGGACACAGUCCACAUACUGCUGGAGUGGCUUUCUGAAGCAGAGCAAACACUUCGCUUUAGGGGGGCACUUCCUGAUGAUACAGAGUCCCUGCAGUCUCUUAUUGACACCCAUAAGGAUUUCAUGAAAAAGGUGGAAGAAAAGCGAGUAGAUGUGAAUGCAGCAGUGGCAAUGGGGGAAGUUAUCCUGGCUGUCUGUCAUCCGGAUUGCAUCACGACCAUCAAACACUGGAUCACCAUCAUACGAGCUCGCUUCGAGGAGGUCCUGACAUGGGCAAAGCAGCACCAGCAGCGCUUGGAAGCAGCUCUGUCAGAACUGGUGGCUAACGCUGAACUCCUGGAAGAACUGCUGGCCUGGAUCCAGUGGGCUGAGACCACUCUCAUUCAGCGGGACCAGGAGCCGAUCCCUCAGAACAUUGACCGAGUCAAAGCUCUUAUCACAGAACAUCAGUCAUUUAUGGAGGAGAUGACACGCAAACAACCUGACGUGGAUCGGGUCACCAAGACAUACAAGAGGAAGAAUGUAGAGCCCACCCAUGCUCCUUUCAUCGAGAAAUCUCGCAGUGGUAGCAGAAAGCCAUUGAGUCAACCCACACCUCCUCCCAUGCCAAUCCUCUCACAAUCUGAAGCAAAAAAUCCACGAAUUAACCAGCUUUCUGCCCGUUGGCAGCAGGUGUGGCUGUUAGCUCUGGAGCGCCAGCGGAAGCUGAAUGAUGCCUUGGACAGACUGGAGGAGUUGAAGGAAUUUGCCAACUUUGACUUUGAUGUUUGGAGGAAAAAGUACAUGCGUUGGAUGAAUCACAAAAAGUCUCGAGUCAUGGAUUUCUUCCGGCGCAUUGACAAGGACCAGGAUGGGAAGAUAACACGUCAGGAGUUUAUUGAUGGCAUUUUAGCAUCCAAGUUCCCUACCACCAAGUUAGAGAUGACAGCUGUGGCUGACAUUUUUGACAGGGAUGGGGAUGGCUACAUUGACUACUAUGAAUUUGUGGCUGCUCUCCAUCCCAACAAAGAUGCCUACCGACCAACCACUGAUGCAGAUAAGAUUGAAGAUGAGGUCACAAGACAAGUGGCUCAGUGCAAGUGUGCAAAAAGGUUUCAGGUGGAGCAGAUUGGAGAAAAUAAGUACCGGUUCUUCCUCGGCAAUCAGUUUGGGGAUUCUCAGCAGUUGCGGCUGGUCCGUAUUCUGCGCAGCACAGUGAUGGUCCGUGUUGGUGGAGGAUGGAUGGCCCUGGAUGAAUUUUUAGUGAAAAAUGAUCCCUGCCGAGCACGAGGUAGAACUAACAUCGAGCUUAGAGAGAAAUUCAUCCUACCAGAAGGGGCAUCUCAGGGAAUGACCCCUUUCCGAUCACGGGGUCGAAGAUCAAAACCAUCUUCCCGGGCAGCUUCUCCCACCCGCUCAAGCUCAAGUGCUAGUCAGAGCAACCACAGCUGUACAUCUAUGCCUUCUUCUCCAGCCACCCCAGCCAGUGGGACCAAGGUUAUUCCAUCAUCAGGCAGCAAGUUGAAACGACCAACACCAACUUUUCAUUCUAGCAGAACAUCUCUUGCUGGUGAUACCAGCAAUAGUUCUUCUCCAGCUUCCACAGGUGCCAAAACUAAUCGGGCAGACCCUAAGAAGUCCGCCAGUCGCCCCGGGAGUCGGGCCGGGAGUCGAGCCGGGAGUCGAGCCAGCAGUCGCCGAGGAAGUGAUGCCUCUGACUUUGACCUCUUAGAGACACAGUCAGCUUGCUCAGACACUUCUGAAAGCAGCACUGCAGGAGGCCAGGGCAACUCCAGAAGAGGGCUUACCAAACCUUCCAAAAUCCCAACCAUGUCUAAGAAGACCACCACUGCCUCCCCCAGGACUCCGGGUCCCAAGCGAUAACACUGUACAAGCACCCCACCACUAUCCACGUUGAAUCCUGCUCCAUACUUGGGUGUAUAUUUAUUCUAAACGGGAGAAGUUAUAUUGUUAAAAGUGUAAAAGAAUACUUGUGUUAUGAAGCUGCCUUAUUUUUUUUCCUUUUUGUAAGUUACUAUUUUCAUGUGAAUAUUUAUGUAGAUAAAAUUUGCCUCCUGGUAACCCUGUAAUGGAUGGGGCCCAGAAAUGAAAUAUUUGAGAGGAAAAAAAGGCCAAGAUGAGAAUAUGUAUUUAAAAAAAAGCCUCUAAAUAGGGUUUCUGUGUGGUGCAGGGUUAUAAACCUGCUUUAUCUUUUAGGAUUAUUCCUAAAUGCAUUUUCUUUAUAAACUUGACUUGCUAUCUCAGCAAGAUAAAUUAUAUUAAAAAAAAAUAAGAAUUCCGCAGUGUUUAAGGAACUCUUUUUUUGUGAAUCAGACACCUCACUUAGCAAGAACUAAGGAGCACACUUAUGGUUGCAUUUCCAUUGUUGUAAUGUCCUGUAAUUUUAGCCAAACAGACAGAACCUCAUCUAGAUAGCUUUUGCACAGGAUUCAGCAAAAAGAGUUCAUUGCAAUACUGUCUCAGUACUGGAUGUUUAAAGACACAUGGCUGCUAGAAUUCAGGGGUAAAUGAAACUGUUCAGAAAUUGUCUGAACAUUGGGGUUUUAAACUGAUUUGUAACUGUCCAGCCUGGCCAUCAAUAACUCCUAUGCUCACCAGGACCCAGACCUUUGGCAAGGGAGAUUCCUUGGUGGCAUUAUGAAUUACAGAUUUGUUUUAUCUGCAUUUUUUUUUUUUUUUUGCUAUUUAUUUAAAUGGUCGAUCAACUUUCCACAAACUGAGGAAUGAAUUCCAUGAGCCUAUUCUGAAAAUGUGGACCUAAGACAAACAUGUUCGUCCUUUAACGGAGUUCACCAGCACACUUGUUCACCAGUCCCGUUUGCUUCCGUCUUUUUGUGUAAAUAAAGUCAGCUGACCAAGAGACCACAAAGGAGCUGUCUGGGGCUCCUGUUGUUUAGCUGCUGUUCUUCAGCUCCGACCAUGUUGCUGUGUGAUUAUCUCAAUUGGUUUUAAUUGAGGCAGAAACUGAAGCUCUACCAAUGAACUGUUUAAAAACAAGACACACUUUUGUAUUAAAAUUGCUUGCAGUAACAAAUGUUUUGUAAUUCCUGAUUUUCUUCUGAACCACUACUUUAUAUUUAAAUGUUACCCCUAAGGUAUAAUGUUGUAGUACUUAAAUACAUUAUUCAAAUCAAGAAAUCUUGAUGGAUAAAUUAUAGAGCUCAUUAAUAA